GCAGACACCGGGGAACCGCGGCCGCAGGAGGAGAACGAGGUCUCUAAACGUCACCUUUUUUGACACUACCCUUUUAAAUCAUGGUGGAAUACUAUUCUAUUUUAGGAGUUAAUAAGAACGCCUCAGCAGAUGACAUUAAAAAAGCAUACCGCAAGUUAGCCCUAAAGUGGCAUCCAGAUAAAAAUCCAGACAAUAAGGACGAAGCUGAGAGGCGUUUUAAAGAAGUCGCGGAAGCAUAUGAAGUAUUAUCCGAUGCUAAAAAGAGGGAUAUCUAUGACCGAUAUGGAAAGGAAGGAUUAACCAACAACGGAGGUGGUGGUGGUGGUGGAAGUCAUUUUGACAAUCCGUUUGAAUUUGGAUUCACAUUCCGUAGUCCUGAUGAUGUCUUCAGGGAAUUUUUUGGAGGAAGAGAUCCAUUUUCGUUUGACUUAUUUGAUGAUCCAUUUGAUGACUUCUUUGGUAAUAGGAGAGGACCCAGGGCACCCAGAAAUAGACCUGCUGGAGGCCCCUUUUUCUCUGCUUUUGGUGGUUUCCCUAGCUUUGGAGGGGGCUUCUCUCCAUUCGACACAGGCUUUACGUCUUCAUUUGGUUCAAUCGGACAUGGCGGCUUCACUUCAUUUUCCUCUUCGUCAUUUGGAGGAUCAGGAAUGGGUAACUUCAAAUCUGUAUCAACCUCAACCAAAAUGAUUAAUGGCAGGAAAAUAACCACAAAGAGAAUUGUUGAGAACGGACAAGAACGAGUCGAAGUUGAAGAAGACGGGCAGUUAAAGUCCUUAACAAUAAAUGGUAAGGAGCAGAUGCUACGCUUGGAUAACAAGUAAAAUCAACGCACGCAUGUAUCAGAAAUAUUAACCUAAAACAAGCGCCAUUUGUGGAUUAUCAGGAACAUUUUUGAAGAUUUCAAAAGGAACUGUUCAGAGUUUCUGCACUCUAAGCUAAGAUAUAAUAAAGAAGCUUGUUUGAGUUUCUGAUAUUUAGCAGAUUCUCAGUUCUAUUUGGGGACCACGUUCAUAGAACAUUUUUUUUUUUUUCUUAUGUCUUAAUAUCGUAAUUAUCUGUAUGCACUUUUAAAGUAGCCUUUCUAAUUGCCAGAUGUUUGCUGUAACAGUAUAGUACGCAUUGCUCUGGCAGUUGAAGGAUUAAGCGGAGGUGAACUGUGAUAUUUCAUAAGUGGUUGAGCAGAUCGUCCACUAACAGCAUGACUUUUGUGGUUUUCUUUUUUUUUUUCUUUUUUCUUUUAUAUUUUUCAAAUUUUGUUUAAAAUGUGAUGAAAGUGAUAACUGUCCAAACUGCUAUAAAGUUGACUUUCCCAGUGAACCUUUUUCCAGCAAAAACUCCUGCAUUUCAGAUUUCAAAAAAUUGCGUGUAGACGCCAGCACGUGUAGUUUAAUAAUUUUUGAACGCUGUUAAAAACUGUAAUUCCACCAAACAAGAUAAAGGAAAGACCAUUCUUUUCAGUAAUAUUUGUUCAUUUUUGUUGUUUGCUAAAAAG